UUCAAAGGCGAGAAAAACAUUACUCAGCACAAAACCCGUUAGAACGCACUUGGAGCGUAAAACCAUAACACGUUUUACGUUUGACGUUUAAUUUGUUCGGCCGCACUCCUGUCGCGCUCCGUGAUUUUUCAGUAAUUUCCUAGUGUUUUCUGCGUCGCAUCGCAUUGUUGCCUAUUCUACGGACUACUAAACUGUUUCACAUCAUCGUUUCGUCAUGGCGAAUUGUUUAGUUGCACCGCAACUGUGGUUUCCUGCUGUUUUUUCCUGCUCGGCUUAGCAGUGUUGUGCUGUGACUACGCGUGAUUUCGCGAUGACGGCUAUUUGCUUCUCGUGUGCUGAACCGCUAGAGGCCACCGGCUGCAUCAUCAGUUGUGCAUAUUGUGACGCUACGUUCCACCGCGGCUGUUGCAAAUUGCCCCCCGAGCUGAUUGACGCAGUAUUGUCCAAUGUCGACCUGCACUGGAGCUGCAUUGGCUGCACUAACAUGCUUAAAAAUCCGCGCUGCCGUUCGGUAAAAGAAAUAGGCGCCCAGGUCGAUUUCCAAGCCGCCCUCAACUCAGCUGUAGCAGCUAUUGGCAAGCUCGUUGAGCCUAUUGUCGCCGAAGUUCGCAGUGGUUUUACCCUCCUUCAAACUGCAUCCACGCCUCACAAUCGGAACUCUGAUCCUCGACCAGCUACUGGUGGAAAGCGGAGGCGUAUAAUCGAGGAUUCGGCAUCUCCUGGUGUAAACAAAAUUGUAAACAGUCGCGGCAACAUCCUUUGUGCCGCGUCAUCGCCAAACGCAUACACCAACACCACGAUUGCCGUCCAGCCGGGACCUACACAACCGCAUGAACUGGUGGGAACCGAUCCAUUAUCAUCACCGCUUCAAGCUGCACCUCGUGAGCCAUUCACAGAUAGGAUCUGGAUCCGCCUAUCCCGCUUAUCAACGGCCGUCACUGUGGAACAAGUGGUCGUUUCUGUAAAGCGUCGCUUAGCCACCGAUGACGUUAAAGCGUAUUGUCUGCUGAGAAGAGGGGUUAGUGUGGACAGCAUGAAUUGGCUUUCAUUCAAAGAGAGAGUCUGAUCACCGCUACACCACACGCACACCAACAACGACUCACCGUUUAGCCGCACGCACGUCUACUCCACCUGGUCCUGAAACAACAUCAUCACAACAGUAUCACC